AUGCUGGCGGUGUUCGAUCCGUCGGUGGCGCCGAGCCCGGAGGGGCUGCGGCAGCCGGGCGCCGCGGGAGGCGAUAGCGCGGCUGGCCUCACGGAUCGGUUCAGAGAGGCGCGCCCCGACGCGGUCACCGUCAACCUUGGCGGGUCCGGCGCCAUGGCGUACUCCUCCAGCAACCAGAGCCCCCUUCUCCCCAGGUUGUUUGGAGCGGUGGAUGACAUAUUCUGCAUGUUCCAGGGCACAAUUGUGAACGUUGCUGUCCUCAAGCAGCAGUAUGGAUUAAGUAAAGGCGCUAAUGAGGUCAACAUCAUCAUUGAGGCUUACAGGACCUUGAGGGACAGGGGUCCUUAUCCUGCAGAUCAAGUUGUGAGAGACAUAAGUGGGGAAUUUGCAUUUGUUCUGUAUGAUUGCUCGACUAAGUCGGUCUUCAUGGCGGCUGAUUCCGAUGGCAACGUCCCAUUCUACUGGGGCGUCGAUACCGAUGGCCGUCUUGUGGUCUCUGACGUCGCUGAGCUUGUGAAGAAGGCCUGUGGAAAAUCCUCUGCCCCGUUCCCCAAAUGCUUCUUCUUCACGACGUCCGGAGGGCUGAAGAGCUACGAGCACCCGAUGAACGAGGUGAAGCCGGUGCCGAUGGUGGACAGCAAGGGCGAGGUGUGCGGCAUGACGUACACGGUCGAUGCAAGCGCCAAGAAGGAGACCAGCAUUCCAAGGGUCGGCAGCGCUGCCGAUUGGUCUUCACAAUACUGA